GGUCAAGCAGCGCAUUGCUACCUGCCUUAUGGAAGCCGUACGCGCAUCUGCCCACCAUCCGGUACCAUGAGGACGGCGUUCCUUUUUGGUCGCCAAUGCUGUCGCCCAGGCCUGCCCAAACUCGCAACCCGCGCCUUCACCCGUCCAUCCACCGCCGCCUCUCGUUUCCGCCGACAAUUUGCGACUCCAAACUUCAAGGGUCGCACGAUACUAUGGUCCGGUGCAGCCGCGGGAGCUGCCGGCGGCGCGAUCCUCAGUCCACUUGCCUUCGUUGACGUCGCCAAUGACAAGUCGGGCCAUGGAGAGAAGACGCACGAGGAGGCCAUGCUGGAGGCAUCGCGGAAGGAGCUCGACGAGCAGGUGCCCCAUGCGCUAAGGCACUCUGCAAAGUAUAGGCGAGGCAUAUAUUUCUUCAUUGAGGACUACAUAAUCGAGCCCAUAGCCACCGGGUUCCGCUUCCUCCACCUCAUCAUCAUCUUCGUGCCGGUCAUCGUGACAAUACCUGCGAUAUGGCUUGGUUCACGACAGCCUGAUAAAGACAAUGAGCGGAGUGGGACACUAUGGUGGUAUGGCUUCUUGGUCGGGUCUAUGGAGAGGGCUGGCGCAGCCUUCAUCAAGCUCGGACAAUGGGCUGCCUCCCGAACAGAUGUCUUCCCAACCGAAAUGUGUUCAAUCAUGUCGACCCUCCACUCCAACGCCCCGGCGCACACAUUGCAAGUCACGAAGCAAACGAUCGAAGCGGCUUUUGACGGACAGAGCUUUGAUGACAUCUUUGAGGAGUUUGACGAGAAGCCAUUGGGUGUCGGCGCCAUAGCACAGGUAUACAAGGCAAAGCUAAAGCCGCAUCUUGCAACUUUAGAGGACAACAGCAUCGACCGGGAAGAACUUAAUCUGGCGCGGCGGAUCAAGAAGAAUGUCGACGUGACGCUCAAGAGCUCACCCUCGAGGGUACCAUCUAGCCACGUUGCCAUCAAGGUUCUGCAUCCAAACAUUGAGAAGAUCGUCCGGAGAGACUUGCGCAUCAUGGGCUUCUUCGCGGCUGUCAUCAAUGCCAUACCCACUAUGGAGUGGCUAUCGUUUCCCGACGAAGUGGAACAGUUUGGCGAGAUGAUGAGACUGCAACUGGAUCUGCGCAUCGAAGCUGCGAAUCUCACUCUCUUCCGACGUAACUUCAAGGACCGGACGACAGCCUGGUUCCCGUACCCUUACACUGAUUACACCACGCGCAAUGUCCUUAUCGAAGAAUUCGCUCAAGGCAUUCCCAUGGAAGACUUUCUACAAAAUGGAGGCGGAGUGUUCCAAAAGGAUAUUGCAGACGAAGGACUAGAUGCGUUCCUGACUAUGGUUCUAAUCGACAAUUUCAUUCAUGCCGACUUACAUCCAGGAAACAUCAUGGUUCGUUUCUACAAGCCUGAGCAAUUGGACGUCUCAAUAUUCGCCAAGAAGGAGGACCGGACGACCGGCCCCAAAGAGUCGCUCGACGUUACCGAAGAGGUACUCGAGCGUCUGCGACCACACAAGAAGAACCCGCAACAAUGGAAAGCGAAGCUUCAGGAGCUUGACAAUGAAGGGUAUCGACCACAGCUGAUCUUCAUCGACACAGGUCUGGUAACGGAGCUCAAUGCGAAGAACCGCGCCAACUUCCUUGACCUCUUCAAGGCUGUCGCCGAGUUUGACGGUUACAAGGCAGGCCAUCUCAUGGUGGAGAGGUGCAGGCAACCAGACGCAGUACUUGAUGGAGAAGUUUUUGCUUUGCGCAUGCAACAUCUGGUGCUCGGAGUCAAGAGCCGUACUUUUGCUCUCGGCAAUAUUAAGAUUGGAGACAUUCUCAACGAGGUUCUUUCCAUGGUACGAACGCAUCAUGUUCGCCUUGAGGGCGACUUUGUCAAUGUCGUUCUUAGUAUCCUACUAUUGGAAGGUAUCGGAAGGAGCUUAAACCCGAACUUGGAUCUCUUUGCCGGUGCUCUACCAAUACUGCGACAACUCGGUGCACAAAGUGGCUCCUCGAUGAUUCGUGGAGGCGACUUUUCGAUGCUCAAGGUUUGGGUUGGUCUUGAGGCGCGCAGCUUCUUGCAGGCCUCAAUUGAUACGGUCGAGCGAUAUGUCAAAUCCGACCAACUAUCACCCAAUAUCUAAUACAAAGACUGGAGGACAUCUACUGCAUGGAAUUUUCUUUGAUGUUAGUACUUCCAAACGUGUGUAGACGGUCGUAGCUGGCUUGUGAAAAGGAUGCAGGCUAUGCUUGGAACCGUGAAGUAGCGGUACAGUGCAUCGGUGUCUAAAAGGUAAUGGAUCUAUGAUGUACAGACGAGACGGAUGCUCUGAAUCUGUAGACAGCUUUCAUUGUUUGUUUGGCUUGCCGUGAAGGGUACGCGUAAGGGCGACAAGGGUCUCGCGUGAUGACGUCACCCUCGUGGUAAACUUCACAGCUGUACAAUACAACAUCCCUCCUCUAAGUCACAC